UGUGUGGCUGGUGAAGGGCACAGCAUCCCUACUGGCUGUGAUGAGUUAAGCUGCUGCAGACUGGGCAGCGGCAGGAUUCCUGGCCAGGACAGCCGUGAAUGUUGUGGGAGGGGCGGACAGAGCAGCAGCAGCAGUCUGGGGUCCAACAUCCUCUCUGCGAAGGCUGACUGCCCUUCUACUUUAAAAACCUGCAGACCCCAAAUCUUUUCCAUGUGACAUCAGACGGACUUUUCAUAGAACAGGAAGCGGCAGGGCGAAGUAACAUUAAGGGGGACACCGAAUUAACGCGGAGGCUGUUUCUGUGGAAGUUUAUUUCCCUUUUUUGCCCCGGUAUUCCCAGUAAACCAGGAAAAUUGCUUGGUGUAGCUGUAUCGGUGAGAAGGCUCGGGAGGAGGUGAAACUGCGGGAUAUGAUGACCGAGAAAGAAACGGCGACUGAGAAGAUAAUAUCAGAUGCAAUGGCUAAUCCUUCUCCUGCAAAGAGUAUGGGUGACCCUGGAAUUACCCCACUGUCUCCUUCACACACUCAGCAAAGCGACACAGACCAGGUACCGUCGGGGCCGUCCUAUGUGGUGGUAGUAGCCAUUGAUUUUGGCACUACAUCCAGCGGUUAUGCUUAUGCCUUCACUAAGGAGCCGGAGUGCAUUCACACUAUGAGACGUUGGGAAGGCGGGGACCCUGGUGUGUCCAAUCAGAAGACUCCAACCACAAUCCUGCUGACUCCAGAGAGGAAGUUCCACAGUUUUGGCUAUGCAGCACGUGACUUCUACCAUGACCUGGACCCCAGCGAGUCCAAACACUGGCUCUAUCUGGAAAAAUUCAAAAUGAAGCUCCACACCACUGCAAAUCUGUCCAUUGACACCGACCUCCACGCAGCCAAUGGGAAGCGUGUGAAAGCUCUGGAUAUCUUUGCAUAUGCACUGGCCUUCUUCAAAGAGCAAGCACUUAAGGAGCUGAGUGAUCAGACAGGCGGUGAGUUUGACAACAAUGAUGUGAGAUGGGUGAUCACUGUUCCUGCCAUUUGGAAAAUGCCUGCAAAGCAGUUCAUGAGGGAAGCUGCCUAUAAGUCUGGUCUGGUGUCCUGUGAAAACCCAGAGCAGCUGAUCAUCGCCUUAGAACCUGAGGCAGCAUCAAUCUAUUGCCGCAAGCUCCGCCUCCACCAGAUGGUGGAUCUAGGCACCCAAACCAUCCAGAACGGCUGCAGCCCCACUGACAACAUGGGGAGUGCAAUGACCCAAGCAAAGGAGCAUGUUCGGCGCAACCGGCAGAGCCGCACCUUUUUGGUGGAAAAUGUCAUAGGGGAGCUUUGGUCGGAACUGGAAGAAGGUGACCGUUAUGUGGUGGUGGAUUGUGGCGGAGGAACAGUGGACCUGACUGUCCAUCAGAUCCGUCUUCCAGAGGGACAUCUAAAGGAGCUCUACAAGGCCUCAGGUGGUCCCUAUGGCUCUAUCGGGAUUGACUAUGAAUUUGAGAAGCUGCUGUGUAAGAUCUUUGGCCAGGAUUUCAUCGACCAAUUUAAGAUCAAGAGGCCAGCCGCCUGGGUGGACCUGAUGAUUGCGUUUGAGUCUCGAAAGAGGGCAGCAGCCCCUGAUAGAACCAACCCCCUCAAUAUUAACCUGCCCUUUUCCUUCAUUGACUACUACAAGAAGUUCAGGGGCCACAGUGUGGAGCACGCACUUCGCAAAAGCAAUGUGGACUUUGUUAAAUGGUCGUCACAGGGGAUGCUGAGGAUGAGUCCAGAUGCCAUGAAUUCCCUCUUCAAGCCCACCAUAGACCACAUCAUCCAACAUCUCACUGAGCUGUUUGAGAAGCCAGAGGUGAGCGACAUAAAGUUCCUGUUCUUAGUCGGAGGCUUUGCUGAGUCUCCCCUGCUGCAGCAAGCUGUCCAGGACAUGCUCCAGGGCCGCAGCCGCAUCAUCAUACCCCAUGAUGUUGGCCUUACCAUUCUGAAAGGUGCUGUGCUGUUCGGCCUGGACCCCAGCAUCAUUAAAGUCCGCCGCUCACCCCUCACAUAUGGGGUGGGCGUCCUCAAUCGCUUCGUGGAAGGCAAGCACCCGCCGGAAAAGCUGCUGGUGAAAGAUGGCACACGCUGGUGCACCGAUGUCUUUGACACCUUCAUCGCUGCUGACCAGUCUGUGGCACUGGGUGAGAUGGUGAAGCGGAGCUACACACCGGCCAAGCCCUCUCAGCAGGUUAUUGUCAUCCACGUCUACUGCUCCGAGAAGGAGAAAGUGGGAUUCAUCAGUGAGCCCAGCGUGAGGAAGUGUGGGACACUUCGCUUGGAUGUGAGUGGAACGGAAAGCACAGCACCACGCCGUGAGAUCCAGACACUCAUGCAGUUUGGUGACACAGAGAUUCGGGCUAUGGCAGUGGAUGUGUCCACCGGACGCACCGUUAAAGCUAGCAUUGACUUCCUAAGCCAUUAAGAAGGGAACAAGAGAGCUAAUGUUCCAAAAUUGUUGGAGCAGUGAAAAUUGAAACAUACACCUUAAACACACACAAACACACAACAAGCUGUGGAUAUUUACUGAAAAGUGGUAAGGAUAAUGAAUCUCAAGGCUCAGUCACUCUCAGUUUAAGUGUUUAUGGUACAUGGUUUGAAUGAAAGUUCUAAACUUCACCUUAGAAUCUAUGUUACGACAAAAAAAAGAAAAAGUUCUGUGUGAUUUAUGUCCAUCACCUCAUUUUGACCCUGUAGUCUAUUUGCUGAGGAGGUCCAUAGUGUUCUUACACAUAGCAAACCCUUUUACCCCAUGCUGAGGCUAAUGCUUUGUUGAGUCAGGUUGAAGAGCUGCUCACAGGAAAGAUGAAGGCUUAUUCACUUCCUAUUCACCAUUGCAGGACAGCUUUUCAAAUCUUCUCUCACUGCAUUCCAGAGGAAAGACUCUCAAAGCCAUACAUCAAUAAUAUUCUAACACUAACACUGUGGAUACACAUUCAGAAUGUAUCUUUACAUGCAUCGAUUUCUUUCUGUCAGAUGACAGCAGAUCAUUGUGUAUUUGUGCACUACAAAACUUAUUGUGUAUAAGGUCAUAACAAGUCAUCAAGCUUUUGGAAUAGCUACUUCAGUACAGUUCUGAGGGCCAUAUUAGUGGCUUUUGCAAGAUUCAACCCUUUUAACACAGUACAAACUGUUAAUAUGUCACACUGCUGCCAGCCAUUUUCCAAAUCAUACCAUUUUAUUUUACAUUGAUUUCUUUCAUUCAAGGAACAAUAGAUAAUUACUCAUUACUAAGAAAAGGGGGUUAGGCCAAGCUUGGCUAGGCCAUUUAAUUGGACUACUGUCCAAUGGGAGGAGAAAUAUUAUUAUUCACUGAAGUGUGUCCAAGUCCGCUACGAUAGGUGGCGAUAUGCGCCCUUUCAGCUUGUUAGUACUGGACCCUUUUCUGGUUGACCCAUCACGUCAAAGAUAAAACAAUUGACAAACAAGUUAGCUACAGUUAGCUAGUGGCAAACUGGCACCAUGACGGACAACUUUACAGCUCUACACCUUUUGCCCGUCCAUGGCUCUGGAUGUAGAUUACGUUAUGUUGUUACCGGCCUCUUCUUUCAACUCCCAAUCACAUUAUCUGGGUGUGGUAGUCCGACUUUGAGAAAUUCAAUUUAGUACGUUUUCUGUCGGACUAACGUGUUUACAUGUAUUUUAAAAGUCUGUUUUUUAGUUGGACUAACACAAUAUAUAGAUUUUCUCUGUCAUGUAUAUGUACUGACUGUUAGCUUGCAUUUUUAGCUUAUUCAUAAUAAAGAACUACUGGCCUAACAAGCUUUGUAUGGCUGUGUAAAACAUAUCGGCCAUGGAUUAAGAUGGCAACAAAAGUUGCCUGUGUUAAUAUCGUUAAUAUAAUAGUAAACUAACUGUUCACAUCUAGGAGACUUAGAGCAAAAUGAGCAUAUAUUUUAACACUUUUAACACACUGCUUCUUUUUUUUUUUUUUUUUUUUUUAGCUUUUUCAUAACAAUUCAUCAGUUGCCUAACCAGCUCGACAUGGCUGAUUAAAACACACCAGCUGUGGAUAAAGAUGGGUCUUGGAUUCGAAACAUUUCUGAAAAAUAUAUUAUGCUUGUUCAACAGAUAAGCAGCUUUUACUGCCUCCCUUAUUGGCAGGUUUUGUUACACUUGUGGCAGAGAGCAUUGCAGACAACAGGAGAACCAACCUUAAACCUUUGUCUCUAAACUACUGUAGUAAAAAAAAGUCUCCAUUCAGACUUAACUCACCUAUUUAAGAACUGAUACAUGUUACCAAAUGACAGUCCACCACUACCACAAAGGCAAUAUCCCUACCUGGGAGAAAGGAAAUCAGUCUAAAAACUGAGGGCAUACCUCUAAGAAUCACCACCAAAAAUAUCAAGUAAUCAGAAUUUUAACCAACAGGCUAAAUAAUGCAAAACCACCAGUAUGUUCCUUUAAGAUGAUCCUCAGUGAAAUAUUAAUCCAAGAAUGUGAAACAUGCUGCAAGGUCAAUCUGAAAAGCAAGUACAGCUAUCAAAUGCGCUUAAUUGUUGCCUUUAUUUGUUAAUGCUUCUGACUAUUAGAUAUGGACAAAAUGUCCCUUGCCCACUUGAAUAUUUGAUCCAGGUGUGAUUCUGCACAGAGGUGCAGGCCAGUUGAGACAGCCUGAAGUGUUUAUUUCUGUAAAUACAGUAUUUAAAUAUUGUACAGAUUUUUAGUAUUGUUUUUGCAGCUUCAGAACCGAGAGAGAGAGAGAGAGAGAGAGAGAGUGUGAAUGUGAGAUUGGGUUUGUGUAUGUGUGCUUUAACACAAUCAUCUCUCAACAUUUUGUUCUCACCAGCCAUAGCAUAAGAGGCUGAGGCAGAUUUGACUGCUUCGUUUAUUCACAGUGAGAUAUUGUAUGUGUCUUCUGUUACUCUCUUUUUCGCUAUCAUUAAAAGAAACUUGAAUACCUCCGUCCUUAAAAAGGCAUUUCAAAUAUGAAAUGGUAGCAGUAUCUAAAUGUGUCCAAUCCUCCUUUCCAUCCCUCUUGCAGUACUGUAGGGUAGGUAGUUCUGUUGGGAUUUCAUUAUGAUUUAUAACAUAUUCACUGAAUAAAUAUUAAGACAAUAUUUUUCCCUUUACUGUGAAGACAUUGAGUCACUGAAUUUAGAAAUUAUAGUUUCUUUGACUGAGGCAUAGUCAGCAAUAACCAUACAAGUGAAAAGCCACAUUUUCAAAUGCUUAUGAAAGGUUUAAGUUUUAAUUAAGAGUGCCUAGUAUGAAUAAAACGUGAUGUCAAGAGUCAUUCACCCUAUCAGGGCAUACACUACAUUCCCUCGCCUGCCUAAUGAUAUCCUUAGCUUUAUAUAUGUGUGACUUCAGACAUAAUCUCUGAGCACUGGUUGUGAAUUCAUCAGAGGCUUUUGUCACGUCUAAAUGUUGGACAUGUGAAGAAGCGUCAAAGGCUAAAUUAAAGGGGCAUUGCUUUGUGUUUUCUCUUACCUUAAUCAACCUCCUCUGGCAGCCAGGAGAAACAGCACUGGUAAAAAAGAAUCUCUGUCCUCAGUCAAGCAUGGUGAUGUAGUGACCACAUCACGCAGUGGCUCUGUGGGUGUUACCUCUCAUUGACAGCAUUGUCAAUGGUGCAAAUUCAUGUGUGAAGGUCACAGUAUGCUUUAAAGCAGCACAUUCUCACUCUGAUCUCGUUACAUGUCCAUGUUUGGUCAUGGACUUUCCAUGUCAAGAUAUGACGUGCAACGUGCCCUGAGGUGCAUUGGUUGUUAACGUUUUGGGACACUGUGUCAGCGUCAGCUUGAUACAUACAUUGUUUUCAAAAUACACUUCUGUUUUCACAGGAAAUGUACAGUUUGCAUGACUUUGUUGUACUACGUCGGUACAACACCGCGAAUUGAUGUUUUUUUCCUUCAACAAAAAAUGCACGUGUUUAUGUUUUGCCAACACAUGCAUGUGGUUGGGGGUUUUUUUGGCAACAAAAGCACAUGGUUGAGUUUAGGCAACAAAAGCACGUGGUUGGGUGUAGGGAAAAAAAACAGGGUUUGGCUUUACAUUCACAUGGGAAGAGAACACCGGCCUCCUAGGUGAAAGUUGGUGGUUGUUGGACCCAUCUACCACCUCUCCCACCACCCUACACAGACAUCUGCCCCCCUUAACUGUCGCUGUGAUCCCGGCAUGUUUACCCUUGAAGCCACCAGGCCCUACAAUAAUGGCAACCAGCGUUGUAUCAUGCCAACGUGAAAGGACAGCUUUUUGUUGGUGUCUGACCCCAGAAGUCAUUGACCAAGCAUUGGUAUUAAUUGACUUGAGAGUGACAUCACGUUGUUUAAAGUAACUACAGUAGGCCACUGACCCCUCAAGCUCUGUCCGAGAACUCUUUUGUCAGCCUUUGGACUCUUUAUGCAGUUCAAUAGAUUGUACUUUCAGGGUACAGUCUUGGCUGACAGUCUCUCCCUGAUGUCCUUCAUGGUGUGUUAGUUGCAACACUACUAAUUGCUGCAUAAAGUUGGCAUCACUGUAGGAUGGUCUGUUAAGAAAAGUUCCAAAAAUAGCUUAGUUGUUAGUUUGAAACAUACUGAGACCAUCAGAAUUCAAGUUGGACUAGACACCAAAGCGCUGCACAGAUGUACUAUGCCACCAUGAGUGAAUCCACUGAUUGCACUGAUUCUAUUGAAAUGAAAAGAUUUUGGUUUGAAAAUGUGCUGUUACAAAUGCUGGUGUGAAAGGGCCCCUAUACCUGUUACAGUGUGUUAUCUUGCAAAGUUUGAUUGAUUUCAUACAGUAUGCUGCACAUUUUCCUUCUGUGGUAGUCACAGUUGGAUACGUUCACUUCAAUUCGUUCACCUGACCCUGAGUGUCACCAUAUCCUAACCUUGCACAAUUCAACGAGGCAAAUCUUGCUCGUUGGCUUAAAUCUGCUAGCUGAUUAGUGUGGAGCUAGACAUGAAACAUGCAGUGAAGAGGCUUCAUAUCACCAUGGCAAAUACUGGAAGAACAAUGAAUCUCCUGUAGAUGGUUUACUUGUUUGACUCAAGAAAAAGGCCAAGUAUUGACCAGCAAACCCACAGGUAUAUUAGGACUUUUCUGCUGUGGUGUUUCAAGGAACUUAAUAUCUUAAUUAUAAGAUCUAAUAACCAGUUUUUAAGGUGUUUUCUUAGAUUCUUUAUUUGGUCUUUGAAUCAAGGCUUGUCUUGCUUUUCUGUCAGUGUACAGAGUCGCACACAAUGCUGUCUUCAGCACUCUUUGCAAUGCAUGUUUCGCAUGCGUCACAUAGGAAUGACGAAACAACAAGCAACAGACAGUAAGUUGAUCGCUAAUACUAAUACACAAAAUCAAGGUUUACCACAGAUGAUGAUGAUGUUGUUAAUUAUGUUGAUGGCAUAUUCUGGAAUAACCUUUGUGCUCCAUAGUUUUAUCACUGUGUUGAGGACUGGUCGUGCUGUGUUUAAUACCCUGCUGCUUUCUGAGCUGAUGUAGUUGAUGUUAAUGCUCAUAACUUACAGCAGCUCAUAACUACCAUUGCAGAGCAGCACUUCACAUACUUUACUGAUAACUAACCUAAUAACCUUUUAUUCCUUCUACAUAUCUCUGUACUCACAAAGGAUGGAUAUCAAGAGGAAGGAUUUAUUAACACAAUGUUUCUAUUGUUUCUUUGGAUAGAUAAAAACAAUGUAAUGUGUGAAUCCUUGAGUAUUAUGUGGUGCACAGGAUACUGUUAUGUAGCAGCUUUAUACUUAAAGCUAUGAUAAAAUUGUAUGAAGACAUGUUUAUCCUUCUAUUUUCAGCUUGUCAGGCAGCAUUUGACAUUUCAGCUGAAAUGUUAAAUCUUUGGUCAAUCAGUCUGAAGUCAAUUGGUUCAGUGGAUGUGAUCUGAGGUAGCAAUCUAGCCAGCUUGCAUCAUAUACAAGUAUCUGCUUAACACUAUCUAAAAUAUUCAGCAAUUCAGAAACUGUAACUGCUAGAAUGAUUAAGCUUAUAGUUAGGAACAUUGCAGCCACAUUGAAAUGCAACACAAUGUACACUUUGUUCUUUUAGUUCUUCAUUGAUAAUGCAAAGGAUUUUUUUUUUAUCUUGAGUUACUUAAAUGUAUUGUUCUCUUGCAAUUUUCACACAGUAAUGGGUGUAUUUUGAUUAAUGCCAGGUAUUCACUUUCAGACUGUCACCAAUAAAAUGUAUGUGUAUUUCAAACAACA